UACUCAUACAUGGAGGAGAGGAGAAGGGUGUUCGUCUAACAGGUUCUCAUUUUUUCUGUUCCAUUUUCGAUCUCUUAUCUGAAGCAUCCAAUUAGGCGAGCCCUCUCUUGAAUCGUUUUGUUUGUCUGGGUUUCUUUUUGUCGGUUUAAUUUCUUGUAAGCAUAAUGGGUUUGGAUUCGAAAAAUGGCGGCGAAGUCGGAGCGAAUAACUCUCUUCAGUCCAUCUGUUACAAGAAGGGCUCCUUGCGGCUGCUCGAUCAGAGGAAGCUCCCUCCCUUUGGAAUCUGUUUACCUGGACAUCAAGGAUGCAACAGAUGGAUGGGAUCUCGACUCACGCUGCUGCCUUGAUGACAUUUGGAAGAGUGAAUGCUGUUGUAGUCGGGGCAGAUCGGCGCUGCGUCUGGCAUCCCUGUCUGGAACCCCACUUUUGACGUUACUCCUGUUAGAAAUCAGGACUCUCCACAAUGGAGUUUGUUCGAAAGACAGCGGAGACAUCUACGUAGAGAACCGGCCUCCCUUGUGGACGACAUGCUAUUCUGCAGGUACGCUUGAAAGAAAAAUGAACCAUAUAUCUUGAAUUUUGAGGCAAGCUGCAUUAUUGUUCUUGUUUAUCAGAAUUUAUUGAUACAAGAAUGUAGUUGAUCAUAUCUUUGGCAAUUCAUGGCUCUCUUUCUUAAGGUCUAAUAACAGACCAAUCUGUAUAUACAACACGCUGAUAUUCUGGCUUAGUUUCCAUUGCUUUGUGCACUGGUAA